GUUGAAAAACGGGUUCAGAGUGGUUGCGGACUCGCGGCGCUGUAGAGCUCAUACAGCUCCCAUCGCUGCCCGUAGUAGCACAGGAAUCGUCUCUGUGCUCCGCUUCAGCCACCUGGCACGACUGCUGCGCGAGCGCCGCCGCCGCGGGCCAGCCAAAGCAGCACUCGCUGCUGCCGCCGCGCGCGACCACCGCGCCAGCGACCUCCGCCGCGAGGCGCUCGCACAAAAGCCGCACUCGCUGCCGCCAGCAAUUGCACGUGCGCAUACUGCCGCGCUCGCGUGCACCAACCGCCUCCGCCGGCGCUCGCUGCACAUACCGCACCCAUGGCCGCCACGUCAAAGCGCUGGGGCGCGGGCCCACCUUCUGUUGAUGACUUUGAUGAAUUAGUGUUCGACUUCGAGCCGUUUAUCGCCGACAUCCUGCCGCCGAUGUCGAUCACGGGGCAUCACCAGUCGGAAAAAGCCCGACGCGAAGCGAUCGAGCGCGCCGCGGUCUCGGCCCCGGCGGGCAUGUCGCACCAGAAACUGGCGGAAAAGUACCGCACCGUCGUCUGCCGCCACUGGCUCCGGGGUUUGUGUAUGAAAGGAGACAAUUGCGAAUUUUUGCACCAGAUGGACAUGGACCGCAUGCCGGUGUGUCGGUGGGGCGAGAACUGUCGCAUCAAGGACUGCCCCUACAAGCACGAGGCCGAGGCCGACAAGCCGCAGUGCGUGUUUUAUCAACAGGGGUUCUGCUACCACGGGCCCGAGUGCCGCUACCGCCACUGGAAGCAGGCGGCGGACAAGCGGCCGGCCAUCGCCGACUUUAGCCUGGGCAUCGCGCAGGGUCGGGACUUCAAACAAGCGGCCGCGGAGCGGCGGCGGCCGAGCGAGGCGCGGCCCGUGGGGAUGCCGUCUUACGCUCUGCGGGGCUAAGUCGUCUUGUGUGUA